AUGCAUCUUUCUUUCUUUCUUUCUUUCUUUCUUUCUUUCUUUCUUUUUUCUUUCUUUCUUUCUUUAUUCUUUUCUUUUUUCUUUCUCCAUUACUUUUUCUUUCUUUCUUUCUUUUCUUUUUUUUUUCUUUCUUUCUUUCUUUCUUUCUUUCUCCGAUUACCUAUUCCUUUCUUUAUUAGAUGCAUCUUUUCUUUCUUUCUUUCUUUCUUUCUUUCUUUCUUUCUUUCUUUCUUUCUUUCUCCGAUUACCUAUUCCUUUUCUUUAUUAGAUUUCUUUCUUUUCUUUCUUUCUUUCUUUCUUUCUUUCUUUCUUUCUUUCUUUCUCCGAUUACCUAUUCCUUUCUUUUUUAGAUGCAUCUUUUUUCUUUCUUUCUUUCUUUCUUUCUUUCUUUCUUUCUUUCUUUUCUUUCUUUCUUUCUUUCCUAUUCCUUUCUUUAUUAUUCCUUUCUUUUUUCUUUCUUUCUUUCUUUCUUUUUUUUCUUCUUUCUUUCUUUCUUUCUUUCUCCGAUUACCUAUUCCUUUCUUUAUUAGAUGCAUCUUUCUUUCUUUCUUUCUUUCUUUCUUUCUUUUCUUUCUUUCUUUCUUUCUUUCCUUUUCUUUAUUAGAUGAUUACCUUUUUUCUUUCUUUUUUCUUUCUUUCUUUCUUUCUUUCUUUCUUUCUUUCUCCGAUUACCUAUUCCUUUCUUUCUUUCUUUUCUUUUUUUUUCUUUCUUUCUUUCUUUCUUUCUUUCUUUUCUUUCUCCGAUUACCUAUUCCUUUCUUUAUUUGCAUCUUUCUUUCUUUUCUUUCUUUCUUUCUUUCUUUUCUUUCUUUCUUUUCCGUACCUAUUCCUUUCUUUAUUAGAUGCAUCUUUCUUUCUUUCUUUUCUUUCUUUCUUUCUUUCUUUCUUUCUUUCUCCGAUUACCUAUUCCUUUUCUUUAUUAGAUGCAUCUUUCUUUUCUUUCUUUCUUUCUUUCUUUCUUUCUUUCUUUCUUUCUUUCUUUCUUUCUCCGAUUACCUAUUCCUUUCUUUAUUAGAUUCUUUCUUUCUUUUCUUUCUUUCUUUUUUUUUCUUUCUUUCUUUCUUUUUCUUUCUCCUUUUUUCUAUUCCUUUCUUUAUUUCUUUUCAUCUUUCUUUUCUUUCUUUCUUUCUUUCUUUUCUUUCUAUCUUUCUUUCUUUUCUUUUCUCCGAUUACCUUUCCUUUCUUUUAUUUCUUUCUUUUCUUUCUUUCUUUCUAUUCUUUUCUUUCUUUCUUUUCUUUCUCCGAUUACCUAUUCCUUUCUUUGUCCGAUGCCUAUUUCUUUCUUUCUUUCUUUCUUUCUUUCUUUCUUUCUUUCUUUCUUUCUUUCUUUCUCCGAUUACCUAUUCCUUUCUUUAUUAG